UUGAAAUCUCGCGGGAUCUGGCGGAGCGUGGUUCUCGGCGCGUGUUCCAGCAUGGCUGCGCUCGUGUCCUUGUUGUUGCGACCCAGAGCCGGUUUUCUCACAUCAUGCCCAGUGCCAGCAGUGGUGGUGCCCACAAGACUGGCAUCUAAGAAGGCCGGAGGAAGCAGUAAAAAUCUGGGAGGCAAAAGUCCCGGCCGCAGAUACGGAUUUAAACAACACGAAGGAGAUUUUGUUCAUGCUGGCUACAUCCUGGCAACACAGCGGGCACUGCGCUGGCACCCAGGAGCUCAUGUUGGCAUCGGAACGAACAAUACCCUCUUCGCCCUGGAGGACGGCAGGGUCAGAUUCACCAAGGAGGUGUACAUUCCUCGUCCUCGCAGUGCUGAAGCGAGACAUAUGAUCCCCAAGCUCCCGAAAGGAGCCGUUCUCUACAAAUCCUUCAUCAACAUUGUUCCCACCAAGCAGGAGAACAAUUUCAAACUGGUCGACUUGGUUUAAAAGAGACUCGCUGUUUAACUCAUGUGAACUUUUGCAUUUUGAUGUGGAUCAUUUAUGGACUUAAUGGAGAAUUGCCUCACCCAUAAGGCAAAUUUUUUUUUUUUUUUUUUUAUGUUUGUGAAUAAAUGAGCUACUCUACUGGUAUGAAA